UGACUUUUGGGAAAGGUGUGCAGUGGAGAGCCUCUCAUUGGCUGAGUGUAGAGCAGGGGGCGGGGCUCCGGUCUCUCGCUCUCUCUGCUCGCUGUCAUCUUAGUACAUCGGAGCUCCGAGCGGUGAAAUGUCGGAGAGGAGCGGAUCCCGCACUUCAUUCACCAUCCGGGACAUCCUGAAAAUGGACUGUGCGGACUGCGAGGAGGACUGCCACACAUCCAAGGACGAUCCAGAGAGUCCAGACAGGGGGCCCCAGGAGGAUACAGAGGGGCCCCACUGGUACACUGACCAGGAGCCACACUCCGAGGGUGAUUCCAUGGAGCCCAAGGCGGAGGAGAAGUCGGGGAAGAAGAGGACCCGGGCCGCCUUCUCCCAUGCUCAGGUCUAUGAAUUGGAGAGAAGGUUCAGUCUACAACGAUAUCUCUCGGGGCCGGAAAGGGCCGACCUGGCCGCGGCCCUGAAGCUCACCGAGACCCAGAUAAAGAUCUGGUUCCAGAACCGGCGAUACAAGACCAAGAGGAAGAUGAUGGCCAAGCAGCAGGCAAGCAAAGCCCAGGAGGCCCCGGCCAGGCAGGUGGCAGUGAGGGUCCUGGUGAAGGAUGACCAGAGACAAUACUGCCCAGAGGAGUUCCUGUGCCCGUCUCUGCUCUCACUAUACCAGGCCUACCAGUAUUACCCACUCCUGUACCGGAUACCCGCCUGGUCCCCCCACAUCUAGCCCUCACCGUGGAACCCAUUACCUCUGACUCAAGGGGGCAUCAUUCCUCUUCCUCCCUCCACACUGGUCACCUACCUGCUGGCCACAGAUAGAAGUCCUCUGCUCAGUCCUUCUGUCCCCCCAGUAUAUGUGGGGGUGACUCCUGUGUGCUACCCUAAAAUAUUCCCCUGAGGAAGGCGGGGGGACAUCUUCUAUAGAGCUGAGACCAAAGACAAGAACCCUGUGCCCAACUGCCCACCCAUGUUCUGGGAACACCAUAAGCCAAUGGAACCUGUGGAUGGACCUGAUACAGCCUGAGUCCCAGUGCUUGCCUUGUACAGACUGGUCUAUACUGGGUCCCAGUGCCUGCAUUGUACUGGGCAGGUUGAAGUACAGACUGGCCUAUAAUGGAGGAGUACAGACUGGUCUAUACUGGGUUUCAGUUCCUGCAUUGUACUGGGCAGGAUGGACUACAGACUGGUCUAUAAUGGAGGAGUACAGACUGGUCUAUACUGGGUCCCAGUUUCUGCAUUGUACUGGGCAGGAUGGACUACAGACUGGUCUAUACGGGGUCCCAGUUUCUGCAUUGUACUGGGCAGGAUGGACUACAGACUGGUCUAUACUGGGUCCCAGUGCCUGCUUUGUACUGGGCAGCAGGAGUACAUACUAAUCAUUACUGGGUAUCAGUGCCUGCCUUAUACUGGGCAGGAUGGACUACAGACUGGUCUAUAAUGGAGGAAUACAGACUGAUCUAUACUGGGUCCCAGUGCCUGCUUUGUACUGGGCAGGAGGAGUAGAGACUAAUCGAUACUGGGUUUCCAGUGCCUGCCUUGUACUGGGCAGGAUGGACUACAGACUGGUCUAUAAUGGUGGAGUACAGACUGGUAUAUACUGGAUCCCAGUGCUUGCCUCCUACUGGGCAAGAUGGAGUACAGACUGGUCUAUAAUGGCGGAGUACAGACUGAUCUAUGCUGGAUCCCAGUGCUUUCCUCUACUGGGCAGGAUGGAGUACAGACUGGUCUAUAAUAAGACCUUGUGCCUACCUUGUAUUGGGCAGGAUGGAGUAAAGACUGGUCUAUACUGGCUCCCAGUGCCUGCCUUGUACUGGGCAGGAGACGUACAUACUGGUCGAUACUGGGUCCCCAGUUCAUGCCUUGUACUGGACAGGAUAGAGUACAGACUGGUCUAUACUGGGUCCCCAGUACAUAUCUUGUACUGGACAAGAUGGAGUACAGACUGGUCUAUACUGGUGCCGGUGCCUGCCUUGUACUGGGCAGUAUGGAGUACAGACUGGUCUAUACUGGUCCCAGUGCCUGCCUUGUACUGGGCAGGAUGGAGUACAAACUGGGCUAUACUGGUCCCAGAGCCUGCCUUGUACUGGGCAGUAUGGAGUACAGACUGGUCUAUACUGGUCCCAGUGCCUGCCGUGUACUGGGCAGGAUGGAGUACAGACUGCAUACUGGUCCCAGUGCAUGCCUUGUACUGGGCAGGAUGGAGUACAAACUGGGAUAUACUGGUCCCACUGCCUGCCUUGUACUGGGCAGGAUGGAAUACAAACUGGGCUAUACUGGUCCCAGUGCCUGCCUUGUACUGGGCAGGAUGGAGUACAGACUGGUCUAUACUGGUCCUGGAGCCUGCCUUGUACUGGACAGGAUGGAGUACAGACUGGGCUAUACUGGGUCCCGAGUACAUUCCUUGUACUGGACAAGAUGGAGUACAGACUGGUCUAUACUGGUCCCAGAGCCUGCCUUGUACUAGGCAGGAUGGAGUACAGACUACAUACUGGUCCCAGUGCAUGCCUUGUAUUAGGCAGUAUGGAAAUUGGGAUAUACUGGUCCCAGUUCAUGCCUUGUACUGGGCAAUAUGGAGUACAGACUACAUACUGGUCCCAGUGCCUGCCUUGUACUGGGAAUGAGGAGUACAGACUGGUCUAUACUGGUCCCGUUGUCUGCCUUGUACUGGGCAGUAUGGAGUACAGACUGGUCUAUACUGGUCCCAGUGCCUGCCUUGUACUGGUCAGGUUGUAGUAUCAGCAUUGUGCUGUGUGUUGUGACUGUGAACGAUCUGCUGGAUUUCCCCUGCAGAUCUCUGUGCACUUAUUGUAAAUAUCGGACCAAUCGCCCCAUACAUUGUAAUUUAUUAGACCGAUGACUGAUUUCUGGCUUUGUAGUCCGAAGUAAAAAAUGAUUCUUCAA